AUGGCGACAGAGUCCCCAGUGUGGUGUAUCACUGGUGCCAGCUCUGGCUUCGGGCGAGAGAUUGCACUUCAAGCCGUUCAGCGCGGCCAUCGAGUCAUCGCGACUGCUCGCGAUGUAUCGAAAAUAUCAGAUAUAAGGCAAAAAGGAGCCCUCACGCUCGCUCUCGACGUCUCGGAUGCCUUUGAUAAACUUGCCGAAAUCGCCAAGUCUGCAAUCCAGGAGUAUCAGCGAGUUGACUACCUAAUCAACGCAGCCGGAUAUAUCCUCGAAGGAGCAGUGGAGGAAGCCGGCUCCGAGGAAGUGCAACGACAAUUUGCCGUGAGCCGUGAAUUGCUGCAAAAUGGUGAUCAUCGCGCCACGAUUGCUGUCUUCGGUAGUCUUGGGUCCUGGAUUGGAGGAGCGAGUUAUGCGUUCUAUGCCAUGACCAAAGCGUCCAUGUCAUCCCUUGCGGAGUCGUUGAAGGAGGAGCUUGCUCCAUUUGAUAUUCGAGCAACUGUGAUUGAGCCGGGGUAUUUCAGAACAGGGUUCCUCAAUCCUGGUGCUAAGGCUUCUACGGCCGAGAGGAUUCCAGCGUAUGAGGAUGAGUCGACACCUUCGGGGCAGGUGCGGAAAGGAUUGGAAGCUCAUGAUGGAAAGCAGCUAGGUGAUGUGAAGAAGGGGGUAUCGGUAUGCGUGGAUAUUCUUACUUCUUCGGGUAUUGCGGAGGGAAGAGAGCUACCUCUCCGAGUCAUCAUUGGGAGUGACUGUGUGGAUGUUAUCAGGAAAAAGUGCCAGAGCACCCUUGAACUCUUGGAUUCUUGGGAGGAGGUCUCUGUCACGACGGAUCACGCUUGAGAUGGGCAAGGAAUCUCAAUCUUAUUUAGAUUAAAAUAAUGCAUGCCUUACGAACAUAUUAC